AUGGAUUAUUUUGGACUUUGGGCUUAUGAUGCUGUUUUUUGCUUAGCCAUGGCAGUUGAAAAAAUUGGGUAUACAAGCUCUGAACUACAAAAGAGAUUGAAAGGCAUUGUUGGAGACAGUGGCGGAUCUAGGAUUCAAAAGUCAGAUUCACUCUCUGUUCCCAAGGGAUGGGAAGUCCCGACAGACGGUAAGAAGUUGAGAAUAGGAGUUCCUGUGAAGGUUGGUUUUACUGAGUUUGUUAAGGUAACCAAAAAUCCUAGAACAAACACAACGGAUGUCACUGGCUUCAGCAUUGACGUCUUCAAGGCUGCAGUGGAAUUAUUACCAUUCGCUCUUCCUUUCGACUUCAUUCCUUUUGCAAAACCUGAUGGCACCAGCGCUGGCUCUUACUACGAUCUGUGCUAUCAAGUAUAUCUUGGGAAGUUUGAUGCUGUGGUGGGGGAUACAACAAUUAGUGCAUAUAGGUCCUCAUAUGUAGACUUUACAAUGCCAUACACAGAAGCUGGAGUAGUAAUGGUUGUGCCAGUCAUAGACAACAGGAGGAAAAAUGCAUGGGCUUUCCUUGAGCCUUGGACAUGGGACCUUUGGCUAACAACUUCUUGUUUCUUCAUUUUUAUUGGGUUUUGUGGUUGUGCCAGUCUACACACAUGUCAAACUGUGAUUGGCCAUACUUUCAAGUAUUUUCUGGAAAGAGUUGGUAGCAACUUGGCUAGAUUCGUGAUGAGCAUGUGGAUAUUUGUUGUGCUAAUACUGACAAUAAACUACACAGCAAGUCUAGCGUCACUAUAUACAGUUCAGCAACUCCAGCCAAGUGUUACUGAUAUAAAGGAUCUUAUUAAGGGGUUUAGAACUAUGUGGGAAAUUGAUGAAGCUCUUUCAAAAGGAAGUGGAAAGGGUGGUGUUGCUGUGUUGAUCAAGCCCCCAAUACUGUUCUAA